AUGACAAGUACUAGCAGCUUCGGCGAACAAAUGACGCAAAAUAUUCAGGAAGCAGCUCAAAGAAAAUUUGAUUUAUCUACCGUGCUGGAAGCCGACCAACACCAGAUUUUCGCUCAGUUACAAGGUUUACGUGGAUUUGAAGAAACGCCAUUAUUCUUUUGUUUUAUUGCGUUGCUAAGUCAUUUUUCACGAGAUUACUUGGCGUAUCGCACUGAAGAUAAAAAACCGAUCAAUUUGUACGUUGUUCUAGUUGGUGAUUCAGGUUCCGGUAAAACGCAAAUUAUUGGUCAGAUGGAGCUAGCGAAAGACGAGGUUGAGCAAGAAUUCCAGUCGUUUUAUAUCAGAAAGAUGGAUUAUGGCGGAAUCUCAGCAUCAUCUUCGUCAGUCGUAAAAAAUGUUAACCACCUCGGACUGAGAAAACUUUUAGCAUUAGGCAGUUGCUGUUAUAUAAAUGACGAACCUGACGUUUUCUUUGAUCCGUACGGUGUGUUCGAUGUUGAAAAUUCAAAAUAUAAUAAUGAAACAUGUCUUUUGUUACAAGCAUUGAUGGAGAAUGAUAAUCGUUCCACUGGAUCAACAACCACACGUAUUACUAAAGCGCGUUUAUCGAUUCUAGCAGCGACAACUGGUGGAAAAUAUCAAAAACUUUUGUUUAAUUGA